AUGGAUUCCUACACCAACGACACUGAAAUUCACCGGCCAAAAUCUCACUGGUUCACCACAUCGGCGGCUUCGGACCAGAAAUCUUGGGGAUCUCUGGAAAUCUUGGGGAUCUUGGGGAUUGCCUGUGGAACCGGGGCCGCCAUCAGGCCGUAUCGCUAUGGCUGUGCAGCACCUGCAGCACCUCUGCCAAGUCAUCCAAGUCCCUCACCGAGGAUUGAGCUCCUGGACGCUGGAAUUCAGCAGAUGGCAGGAUUGAGCUCCAUCAACUUUUUGAUGUGGCCGAUGACUCCGAUGACCAAGUCCACAGAUCAGCAGGCCGAUGGCUGGCAGCUGUGCUGGUGCUGGUGGUGCUUAUAG